AUGAAGAAAGUGUUAUUCCUUGGAGCUCCAGGCGUUGGUAAAGGCACUUUUGCCAAGAGAAUCGCCCCGAGGUUGAAUCUGCGUCACCUCAGUGCUGGAGAGCUACUACGUGCUCAUGUAAAAGCAGGCAGCCCUCUCGGGUGCUUGGCCAAGCCUUUCCUCGAUAAAGGCCUGAUGGUCCCUUCUGAGCACAGUGUUGAGUUGAUGAAACAUGAAGUGAUGAGCCUUCGAAACGCCGCCAGAGUUGACGGCUACAUUCUUGAUGGUUUUCCUCGAGUUCUAGAGCAAGCCCAGAUGUGGUCUGAUCUAACUCUUGGUGACGGUAUUGAUACACAAGUUGGCCUCACGACGCAUCUGUGGGAGCUGCGGUGA